AUGCUCCGUGCCUACACAAAAUCGCCACCACACCAACUUCUUCACUCCUCUCCUCUCCUCUCCUCGCCUCGCCUCGGCUCGCCUCGUCUGUGCUUUCCUCCCAUCUCCAAUCCACUUUCCUCAUCCCCUCCUUUUGCCCAUCUUUCCAAUGAACACUCAACCACUUAUGCACUCACCCUCGUCCCAUCACAACCCAAUCUCCUCGCAUCCACCAUUCCCAAUCGACAACUCACAACUCGCCACCUCGCCUUCAGCAUGAACAAGGUGGUCCUCACUACUCGCCGUCCAGACUGA